UACACAACACCAGAUCGCUAUGCUAAAACGUCAGAAUUUCCCUCAAUGGCGUCUGCCGCGAAAUGUUCUUCUCACCCUGCGUCGAGAGCGAAGCAGAAGCAUGUCACUACGGCCUGCUUGAACUGUCGCACGCGUAAGAUCAAAUGUGACGCUGCUACUCCAUCAUGCAGCAAUUGCCACCUCUAUGCGCAAGAGUGCGUGUAUCAGCAUGGCCUGGACAAGCGGAAGGUGUCAAUGAAAGACCGACUUGCCGCGGCUGAGACUUAUGCACGGCGACUGGAGGAGCUGUUAAACGCAAAUGGAAUACCCCUGCCGAGCGAUAAAAUUUUACCAACUCCUUUACGUGCACCCGGAGCACCAUCGAGCCACACGAUCCCUCUCGUCGAAUCUGCCAAAGCCAAGUCUACACCGAGCGCUACUAUUGCUCUAGAACUCACCCAAAAAUCUCUUCUUUCUCCUUCAGCAGACGGAACUACUCACAUUAUCGACCAACUUACAGGGAGUCUGGGAUCGCUCAGGCUUGCGGAAGAUGGUCAGCUGAGAUUCUAUGGUGCAACAUCCAAUCUCCACCUGCUCGUUGCAGGCAUAGACACCCGGCAAAUCGUCAAUGCAAGAACCGCGACGGAUCGUCAUGAUAUCCAGGCUACUUUGGACGCAGCCAAUGUUGGCCAGUUCGUGGCAUCCGAACUUGAAGAGCACUUGAUUAAACUUUAUUUCUGUUGGGAAGAUCCAAGUAUUCAUCUUGUGCAAGAAGACGUCUUCUACCGGGAACGACGCAGGUGCAAAUCUGGAAAUUGCAUGAGUAAGCUCUAUUCCGAGGUACUUGUCAACUCCAUGUGCGCUGUGGGUGCUUCAUUGACUUCCAGGCAUUCCGUCGAACUUCCGGAACCAUUGGUGGAUUUCUUUGCGUCGCGUGCUCGUGCGUUACUAGAUGUCGAGCUGAAUUCGCCGACUUUAUCGACCGUGCAAUCGCUGGGUAUUCUGAGUGGGGUAGAAUCGAUCCGCACGCUUGAUGCUCGCGGUUGGCUCUACAGCGGCAUGGCAGUGCGACUCGCGACUGACCUUGGUCUUCAUCUCGACAAUCAAGCCUAUGUAGACGCCGGCAUUCUCGACAUCGAAGAGGCGACCUUGCGAAGAAUGGUAUUCUGGGGGGCAUUCAUUCAUGAACGGAUGUGGUCACUCUAUCUCGGUCGGCCAGUAUCGUUGAACGAGACAGCGAUUACUACGCCAUCUUACGCGGUUACAGCAACUGAACGGAAAUUCUGGCAGCCGUACAUUGACGAACACGAAGACCACAGUUUCCCUGCUCUAAUUGAUCCGAUCGAAGAACUGCACAGGAGUAAUGCAACGUUGUGUGCUAAGAUGGCCCGCAUUCGAGACACUUUGUACUCAGACGCUGUAGUAUCUGCGCUCGGGUCACAACAACUGCACGAUUUUGCAUCGAGUAUGCGAUCAGAGCUCACUCAGUGGCACCUAGGCCUACCAGAGUCUCUGCAAGUAGACCUUGCGUCCACAUCAUCCCUCUACGUUCCUCAUGUGCUUCAAUUGCAUAUGCAGUAUCAUACUGUUAUGAUCAUUGUAAAUCGCCCAUUCUUCGCGGCUACUAUCGCAACGCUGCCUGAUGUCGCGUUUUCAGAUCUGAUGGUUGGGCGACCAGCCUGCACCGACUCAGCCAGGGCAAUAGCCAAGCUGCUUCAAAUUUAUCGGAGGCUUUACGGUCUCCGACGCAUCAACAUCCAGGCGGUACAUCUGGUCUUCACAGCAAGCUUGAUUCAUGUACUGAACGCCUGCGAGGCAGCAGACCCCUCGAUAAGGAAUACCGCUUGGAGAGAUCUGGAAGUCUGCCAACAAGCUUUAUGUGAUCUAUCGAAAGGGUACCACAGCGCGAGCAGAGCCUGGGAAGUGGUGAAUGGGAUACAGAACGAACUCCUUCAAGCAAAGCGCGCACGUGCAAAGAGAAGCGCUACGAAUGAGUCUGGGCUUGAGUAUGAUACAACUGAUUCGAAGCGGCAUCGCCCGUCGACAUGGGAGCGGCCUUUAGUAUCUGUCAUGAACGAUACCGUGGACGAUCAACAAGAUGACAUGAUUCUCAAUCCAGCGUUGAAUGUUGCUGACUCGUUUUUCUGGUCGGAGUGGACGAGUCUUGACUCCCCGAAGUUCUGAAAAUGAGAAACCCUGUUCUUGAUACGACCUCCAAUCAGGCCUCCAGUAAUCGGUAUAUCAGCUCCAGUCGUAUCUACAAUUUGGCACACAAUUUCAGCAAUUGUCUCCAUAAGAAUGGAAAUUGAAAUGACGUACACGCCGACGCAUCGCUCAAAAGA